CGCUCAGCAUUCGUAUUUUAUUUUUCACUCGCAACGGCUGAAAUAACGGUUGAACAAUGGCGAAGAGUGUCGGUAGUGCGUGCGCGCAAUUUGCGAUCCUUUUGGCUAUCGCUUGCAGUGCAUCGGAACUUGCGUCGGCCGUGUUGCAUCAGGAUACGUACGAGAUGAUGGAUACAAAUCUGCCAAAUAUAGCCGCAUACGUGGUGCCACUGAGUACGGAUCGACUGCACCGUCAAAAACGAACCCUGUCCGUACCGCCACCGUUGCCCGCGGUGACCACGUACCGAGGCGCAGUGUCUGCCAAUGCCAGUGCGGAAGCAGGAGGGGCGGCAGGAGCUGGCGGAGGAGUGGCUGCAGAGACCACGGUCACCACCGUGGACAAUAAGGCGGCGGGCGGUAGUGUGUCCUACAACGUGCACAAUGUCGGAGUCAAUGGCACCGGACAGCGCAAAGCAUACGAUGUGGCACCGGCCGUCGACUCCAAUACCACAAGCCAAAUGGCUCCGCCUACCAAGAAGCCCACACUGUUUGGCCAGUCGGGCAACCCCAAGAAGGUGGCAUCUUCUAGCGUCGCUGCAACCAUGACGGAUCCCUCGCCGGCGGUCAUCGAUGUGGACGUGUCGAAAGUAGUGGACGUGCCCGAGGAAGAGAUCGAGGCGGCGGUGAAGAAUGCGUCGCUGAAGGAGUACGUAGACUUCCACGAAUACUACAACAGUGUGCUCUAUGAGAACAAGGACGAGGUGGCCUCACUGUGGACCGAACUGAAGGCGAAGCCCGAAAACAUCAUGCUCUCCUCGUCCCAUCGCAGGGCCAUGACCGUGGAGCUCAAGUUUGACUUCCCCUUCUACGGACACUUUGUGCGCAACAUCACGGUGGCCACUGGCGGAUUCCUUUACACGGGCGAGUACGUCCAUUCCUGGCUGGCGGCCACCCAGUACAUUGCCCCGCUGAUGGCCAACUUCGACACGAGCAUGUCCAAUGAUUCGUUUGUCCGAUUGCACGACAAUGGAACCGCCUUCACCGCCGUGUGGGAGAAUGUGACGCUGCAGGACAAACCGGACUUUGGCAAGUUUACGUUCAGUGUUACCCUGCACCAGAGUGGCGACAUUGUUUUCACAUACCUGCUGGUGCCCACGAACAUCAACUCCAUCCAGGACACGGAGCAUCCGGUCAAGGUCGGCCUCUCCGACGCGUACAUUAUCGACAAGCAACUAUUCUUUUCCCGCCGAAAGACAAUCUAUGAGUACCACCGUGUCACGUUCCAGCAGCACGAUAUCACCAACAACACCAUCAUCAGGCUGGCGGCACAGACCACCUGCCUUGGCUACAAUGACUGCACUUCGUGCAUCAACCACAAAACUACUUUUACGUGUCUAUGGUGCUCGGUGCUGAAUCGCUGCUCGACGGGUACCGACCGCAAGAAGCACGAGUGGCUCCAAAUGGGAUGUGAAGCUACCGCCAUUCAUACCAGCAGCUUCUGCCCGGCCCUCGGCGAUAAGGGUAACAAUGCUGCCGGCCAGGGUAAGAAUGGUUCUGCGAACAGCGGUGCCAGUGGCAAUGGUGCGUCAAAUCCCUCAACGUCAUCCAGCGGCUCAUCCACGCCGGUCACAGAGCCAAGCGUGAUGAGUACGAGGGCACCACAUGCCACCGCUUACGUAAAGCCGGGAGUGGAUCACUCCAGUGAUGUCCAUAGGGACGGAAAGGUCGGCAACGCCGAGCUAUCGAAGGCGGAAGCGGACAACAAGAAUGUGGGCGUGGCCUUUGGCUUCAUGGUGCCCAUUUGUCUGGUGUUCGCCGUGACGCUGUGGCUCUUCUACGCGUACCGCAAUCCGCACACCAAGAGCGGCCAGCUGCUCAUCCAGUCCAAGCAGUUCCGUCCCAGCCAGUGGUCAUGGAGGCGUGGCGAGGCCCGCUACACGGCGGCCACGAUACACAUGUAGGAGGUGAUUCCCGGUGACGCAGAGGAGGAGGUAAAGAGAUCGCGAGACGUGGAAGGGAGCUGUAGCUAUACCGACGAUGAAUCAACCAACCAACUAACCAAACGAAUCCUGAUCCCUGACGGAGCAGUAUCGUGAAUGCGGGGGGCACUGCGAACUGAGAAGCAGUCGCGAUCAAAUACGACUAUUUUACAACAUGGACAUGGAUCGAGCGAACGAGCGAGCACCGAGCGUCAGGUGUAAUCCUAUCUUUUAAAGACAUACAUAUUUGAAACCCGUCUAUAAUUGUGAUGUGUUCCAUGUCCACAACAAUGUCAAGCAAAAGACCACUUUUCGAACUGAUUGUUGAGAUUUAGCUCAGAACGCUGCCGAAACCGAAAAAAAAAAUUAAUAACAACAACUAAAAGAAAAAGAAAUAAAAGCAAUCUAGAAGUGUAAAGUAUAGACACAUGACCUGAGUUUUUGACUCCCAGUCCCCCCCAACCAACUGCUCAAUGAAUAGGAGAAAAGGAAAAAAAAUAACAACUACAAGAAAGACGACUGGCAACAGCAUGAAGUGAUCUGUUAAAUGUAUCUUUUUACCUUUUUACCCUAUCGGCUGCCCAUUAGAAGAAAAGCAAAAAAGAGAGAAAAAUGUAUAAUAAUAAUAAUGAAUACCCCCGAAGACAACUCAACUAUUGUAUAACUCUGAGACCAACGGCUCCCACCAGGCCACGCACACAACCACACCUAAAGCACACACACACCAAACACAAACACGCCCACACACACAUGAGAUACCCACACACACCUUAUAGAUAGACACACACACACAGAUACACAGGGCAAUGUGCUUUCAAUUGUUUCAUAGUUCAAUUUUGUUUAGUGUUCUUUUUAACUUACUCUGUGUUCUCCGUACUCUAAACCCACCAAAAAAAGCUUGAAAAGAUGUCGAAGAAGGGCUGUACUAUGUACUAUCUAUGUUCAUGUGUAUUUUUUGUGUGCGUGCGCGUUUUGCUGGACUCUUCGCCAAAAGCUCUUCCUCAAAUUGUGAAUUUGUAUUUUCUUUUUUUUUUUUUUGAUUGAUUUUUGUACGUAUCGUAUCGUUUCGUUUCGUUUGUUUAUUAUUUUAUGUGUGUGUAGCUUGGCAAGCGAAUUCGGGAUAAAUGUAUUACUGCGAACAAUGGGCGCAGUCUUUUUAUAUACUGUAUUAUACGCGAUUUGUAUGCAAGUUUUAUGUGUGUAAAUGCGUGCAGGG